CAAAUAUGUCUACUCAACAAUACACAAACGACAAUACUUUGCCUACCACUACCUCAAACCCUGACGACUACCAACAAGAUCCAAACCAGACAAGCAGCGGAAACCUUCGUGUUGAACGCACGACUGAUGAUUUGACAAACAAGAUAUCUGCCACACCAAGAUCCCUGUCCUCUACUGUAUCCAACCAAGGCUCUUCUACAGAAUCGAGCACGACUGAGCCUCCUAGCGCUGAUUCUAACGCUUUCUUUGAACCUGAUCAAAAUAAUGAACAAACGCAAAUGUCACCAGGCGAAAGAGCCAAGAAGCUCGAAAAGGAAAUGAAGGAUACAGACAUCAACCGUCAAAGAGACUCUCAAGGCGGUGCUCUCUUUUUGUAAAUAAAACUUAUCAUUUAAAGUGUCCACGUGAUCUGUAAUAAAAGUGGC